AUGACGGCUCUGAGAGGCCGAAGCAUCCUCCUUGGCUUCUUUUUUCUCAGUGCAGCUAGCUGCUUCAAGCUGCACCAAGGAGGUUCUGUCGGCAACAGCACUGAGCUCAAGGCGACAAACGCGUCUCUUUUGUCUCAACCCGUGGGAAACGCCAGCGCUACCGCUACCAGCGGUGAGAAGGAAGCGAAGCGCCUACAAAUUGCCAACAGCGGGCCGAAGGAAGGUGGACGCAAACCAGCCAACAGCACACACAAUGCUACGCAGAGUGGAGAAGGUGGGGGAAGCUUUGGCUUCGAUGUCUCCAAGAUGUCUGUGUCCGAGUUUUGGGAGCCGUACAUGUGGGUCGUGGCAGCCAUCGCUGGCCUCUUUGCAGUGGGCUUUGAGCUCUAUCAUCGACGAUUGGCAGAUGUGGACCUGACUGACACGCCUGAUUGUGGAGCAGAGCAUCAUGAGCAGCAGAUGCUGCAACUCUUCCGUGGAAUUUUGCCUUUGGUGAGGCCUUUCUAUCUGGGACAUGAGCGGCGGACUGCGUGGGCUUACUUGGCAGCGAUCUCCGCGCUGGGCACGAUCGACCUGGUGCUCGGUCUGGUCAUCAUGGUGUGGUCAAAAGAAUUUUGGGAUACCAUUGAGAAGAAGAACUUGUCUCGCUUCUUUCCGCUUAUCCUGGAUCUUGUCCUCCUGGCCUUCUCCAAAAUCAUUCUUUCCACCUACUGCCAGUACAUCAGCAUGAUGCUAUCCAUCCGAUGGCGCCGUUCCAUGACGCAAUGGCUGUUGACAAAGUGGUUGAAGGACAAGUGCUUUUACACUCUGCAGCUCAGUGCCAACUCGGACGUGCCUGACAACCCAGACCAGCGAAUCCAGGAAGACGUGCGUCUGUUUGUCGAGUACGCAUCUGAGCCGAUGCUUCUCCUGCUUUCGCCGACCUAUGCAUUCGGGCAGUUAGAGGCUUAUCCUGCCAGACAGAAGGUAGGACAGAGACUGAUCGUCAUCAACUUUGGCCUCCAGAAGUACGAGGUGCGUGACAACGCCGAGAGCAUUGCUCUCUACGGCUCCGAGCCCUGCGAAGAGAAGCGGUUGCGUGGGAAGUUCGAGUGGAUUGAGAGAGUGUGGUGGAUGAUGAUGAGUUAUACUAAGCGCUUGGGCUUCUUCGUGUCCUUCUACUAUCAAACCUCGAGCAUAUUUCCCUACCUGGUGCUGGCUCCCAAUUAUUUUCGGGGCCAGAUUACGCUCGGCACCAUGUUCAUGCUCUUUGACGUGUUGUGGGCGGUGAAGUCAGGCUUCGAUUGGUUUCUCGGGAGCUACUCAGAGCUGACAGGCUACCGAGCAACUGUAGAUCGUCUCUCCAACUUCACACGAGCCCUGGACGGCAGCAGCUCAAAGUGUGAGGUCAAGCGAUCGCUGGUGCCUGGCUUAAACGUGCUAAAAUGGUGUCCGCGCUACGAAAGACCAGCCGAGGCAGCCAAGGGGACCGAUGCUGCGGCUCGAGUUUCUGGGUUGAGCGUCCAGUUGCCGGGCAAAGUUGACCAGCGCCGCCCACAGAGGGCGGCAGCUUUGGAGGGAUGCGCAUCUGGAAGUGAAGCCAGGUUCGUGCUGCUAUCAGCGCCGGAGGGGACUGGCAAGAGCUGCUUCUUUCGAGCCAUGGCAGGUAUCUGGCCCCACGCAAGCGGGGACGUGCACCUCCCUGACAAAACGUUGUUCCUGCCACAAAAGUCCUACAUUCCUCAGGGCACACUGAAGCAGGCUGUCGCGUACCCUUCUUGUGCAACAGAGUUUACUGACGCAGAUGUGCAGGCCGCACUGGAGGCGAAUCCAGAGUUCAUCCUUUUCUUUUGA